CGCUAAUCUAAAAGAGCAUGGUAGCUGGGUUGUUCAAAGUUUGCAAGAUUGUGCUAUGCGAUUGACAGUUUUGUGUAAGUUAAACAAGAAUGGUACUCUAAUUCAUGAAGAUAAUGAUGGUGAUUAUGCUGAUAAAAACUUUAAACAAAGAUUAGCAGGUAUUGCCUUUGAUGUGGCCAAAUGUACAAAGGAAUUGUUGAAAACUGUUGAGGAGGCAAGUUUGAAGGAAGAAAUUGACUAUCUCAAUGCAAGAUUAAAAUAG